GCCUCCCUUUCUCAUGCGCCACCAUGCCUCCGUCCUGUUCUCAUGCCGCCACCAUGCCUCCGUCCUGUUCUCAUGCCGCCACCAUGCCUCCGUCCUGUUCUCAUGCCGCCACCAUGCCUCCGUCCUGUUCUCAUGCCGCCACCAUGCCUCCGUCCUGUUCUCAUGCCGCCACCAUGCCUCCGUCCUGUUCUCAUGCCGCCACCAUGCCUCCGUCCUGUUCUCAUGCCGCCACCAUGCCUCCGUCCUGUUCUCAUGCCGCCACCAUGCCUCCGUCCUGUUCUCAUGCCGCCACCAUGCCUCCGUCCUGUUCUCAUGCCGCCACCAUGCCUCCGUCCUGUUCUCAUGCCGCCACCAUGCCUCCGUCCUGUUCUCAUGCCGCCACCAUGCCUCCGUCCUGUUCUCAUGCCGCCACCAUGCCUCCGCCCUGUUCUCAUGCCGCCACCAUGCCUCCGCCCUGUUCUCAUGCCGCCACCAUGCCUCCGCCCUGUUCUCAUGCCGCCACCAUGCCUCCGCCCUGUUCUCAUGCCGCCACCAUGCCUCCGCCCUGUUCUCAUGCCGCCACCAUGCCUCCGCCCUGUUCUCAUGCCGCCACCAUGCCUCCGCCCUGUUCUCAUGCCGCCACCAUGCCUCCGCCCUGUUCUCAUGCCGCCACCAUGCCUCCGCCCUGUUCUCAUGCCGCCACCAUGCCUCCGCCCUGUUCUCAUGCCGCCACCAUGCCUCCGCCCUGUUCUCAUGCCGCCACCAUGCCUCCGCCCUGUUCUCAUGCCGCCACCAUGCCUCCGCCCUGUUCUCAUGCCGCCACCAUGCCUCCGUCGCCCACCAAGUCGGUGCGCAGGGCAGUGGAGACAGCAGGGGGGCGGGUGACAUGGGUGCACUACAACGCGCUGGGCCUGCGAGCGCUGCUCAAGCCACACUGGUUUGCCAAGAAGGGCCGCGUGCUGCCGCGCCCUGCGCGCCCGCCCCCGCGCAUUCUGCAGCUCGGCCUCGUCGAUGCCGUCGGCACGCUGCCUGCUCCCACGCACCCCGUGACAUGA